AAGAUACAGUUGAAAUAUUUUAUAUAAUUUUAUAUAGUAUGAAAUUAUCGAAUUUUAUCUUGAUUCGUAUCUUUUAUUUCUAAAAAUUAUCGAUAAAUACAGAAAGCAUGCUUGCGAACAUAGAUAAAAAUUUUGUAAAUAAGAAAAAAUAUUAAUGAGAUAAAUGUUGAAGUCAAUAUUUAAUGGUACAAACCCUAAGCUCGCAACGUGUAUAGUGACACUUUCAAACAAAUUGUCAUAACAGCAAUUUCGUGCCGGCAAUCGAGAAAUUAGUAUAAUUAUUAGUUUCAAUAAUUAUAUUUUCAUUAUGUUCAUUAGAUAAUACGAUAAACGAAUUUAAAAAUUGGGUAUUUUUAGUUUAUUAAAGAUGUUGUUUUAUUCGUUUUUCAAAUCCUUGAUCGGAAAGGACGUAGUUGUAGAAUUAAAAAAUGAUUUGAGCAUUUGUGGUACUUUGCACUCAGUAGAUCAAUACCUGAAUAUAAAGUUAACUGAUAUAAGUGUGACCGAUCCAGAUAAAUAUCCUCACAUGUUGUCUGUAAAAAACUGUUUUAUUCGAGGAUCAGUAGUACGUUAUGUACAACUGCCAGGAGAUGAAGUGGAUACUCAGUUAUUACAGGAUGCUGCACGCAAAGAAGCAGCAGUUCAAGCAAGAUAAUUUGUGCCGUUAUUAGAUUUAAAAAUGAUUUAUUUUUUACUAUUAAAGCUAACAAUUGUGUACAAUGACAUACAAACUUUGAAUCUACAAGUGUGUAAAUUGAGUUUAUAUGUAACAUUAAAAAAAAUUAGUUUCUGUUUGUAA